AUGGACGAUGAAGAUGGGACAUGCCUGCUUGACGUCUUGUGUGACCCCCAGGCCCUGAACGACUUCCUCCAUGGGACCAAUGAGCUGCAGUCUGAGGACCUGCUCAUCUCCUCGUCUUCCGGGGAGCCCUCCCUCUUCACAGACCCUCCGAGCCCAGUCUCCUUGCUGGGAGAUGACAGGGACUCCUCAGACACGCCUCCUCCGGGCUGCGUGGACCUCUCCUUCCUGGAGGAGGCUCUGCUCUCCUCCCCAGAGGGGUCCCGGGAGGAGGUGCAGCAGGAGGUGGGAGACCACCGAACCCCAGACGAUGAGGACGAGGACGUGGGCAGAGGAGGAGGGGAGGAGGACGAGGACGAGGAGGAGGUGCAGGAGGGGAUGGCCUGUGACAUUCUGCAGCAGAGUCUCCAGGAGGCGGACAUCACAGAGCAGACCCUGGCCCUGGGGGCCGACCUGACCCACCCUGGAGACGGCCUGUCCCUGUACGCCCCCGCCCCUUUCCUGCUCCCGCCGCUGGCCCCGCCGUUCCUCCCCAAGCCUCACACCCUGCCCAGGGACACCCAAGCGGCCGUGGAGCCCCCCCACCCCUCCCUGCUGGCGGUGGGGCCCGGCUGUCCCUCCCUGAGGCCGACCGGUCCACCCCAGCUCAUGGGACUCCUGCCUGGGAGCGUGUUCCCCACCCCACCCCCGGAGAGCUCCUUCUCCCUCAGCCCGGCCCAGGCCUCCGGCAUGAUCAUCCACAAGGCCAUGCCCAGCCUAACCGGCCGCCACCUGACGGGCCCGGGCCUGAGGGCGGCCACCGCCGCCUCUACCCCUGGCAUCCUCCUGCAUAGAGCCCCCCUCCACAUCCAGCCCAAACUGCCCGUCAGCAUCCAGCCCCGAUUGGUUCAGAUCAGUCCCAAGCCGUCGGGGCAGAAAUCCCAACAGGGUCUCACCUUUGUCCCUGGGACUCCCUCGUCGAAUAUCUUGCUGUCCCAGGCGGGGUCGAAGGCUCCGCCUCCACAGCAGCAGCAGCAGCAGCAGGCCAACCAGCACCUCAGCAAGCCCCUCAGUCUGCAGCUGGUCAACCAGGGUGGCUCCUUCGUGCUCCAGCCCCAGGGACUCUUCCAAGGCCAGAACCAGUUCCUCCUCCCGGGCCAGUGUCCCGUCACCAUCGCCCAGCCGGCCGGCGCGGCGGGACCCAUUCUGACCUCCAGCCACCAGGGGUCCUCGGUCCACGGUGCCGACCGGCCCCACAUCCUCACGCUCCCCCACAGGCAGCUCAACUUCAGCCCCGUCUUCACCAGCCCCAGCGGGCAGCUCUCCCUCCGCCAGGCCACCGUGCUCUCUGGGUCUCUGCAGCUCCAGUCAGCGGCCCCUACCGUCUUCCAGAUGCCGGCGCACCUCGCCGGGGCCUAUAACCCGGGGGGGCAGGGCCAGCGGGCCACUUUGGUCCACAACUCUGCCCUGGGGAACCACAUCACGUUGAUCAACAGCUCCGGGGUGCUGCCCACCGACCUGACCUCCAUCUCCAUCCUGAACGGCUCUCAGCUGGUGCACGGUAUUCCCUUCGCGGCCUCGGCCCCGAGCCUGCAGGCCGGGGGCCCCGAGGGACAGCUGAACCUCCAGCAGGCCUCGGUCGUGGUUCUGGCCGACCGCACGCUUCCUGAAGAGAGGGUCCAUCCAGAAGAGACCUUCCACCAACUGUCCCAGGCCUUCCGACCGGUCGUCCAUCAUGUCUCCGUCAAGCCCCCCUCUCCCCCGGUGGUCACCGUUCUCCAGGCCCCAGCGGGAGCCCCUCUGGUCCCCCAGCUCCCCAAACCCCUGCUGCCCCAAACAGACAUGAGCCAAGAGGUGGAGGAGCUGGACCACUCCACGGUUACCAACCAGGCCUUGAUGCAACUCCAACAGCAAGCACUUAGCUCUCAUCCCAUCAUACCUUCUGAGCUCCUGAUGGGAGCUCUGCCAGUCGAGCCGAUGCAUUCCCUUGAUUCUACUUCAGACAAUGAGAGAGAGGCUCUGUCCCAGAUACAGUCCUCCAUGGCCCAGGCUGACACCCUUGCUGCACUCGUGGACGGAUGUGUGGAGCUCUCCCCCCUCCCGCCUGACUCUGAGGAAGCCCUUGAACACCGCUCGUCCCGCCCUGUACAGGAGACACCAAACACAGCAUCAGCCAGCUUCUCACCAAUCAACCAGGGGGCUCCAUCUCAACCAGAGACUCCCCCGGCCCCAGUACCAGGUCACCAGCCUCAGCCCCUAAUCCAGCCCCCGGUUCUGCAGGCCUCCCUUCCUCUGAUGCAGAACUUUGACUCGGUUCCUCAAACCCAGUCUGAAAUCCAACCCCAGGCCCAUGUCUUAGAAGCCUUUGUGUCCAACAUCCAAACCCAGGCCUCAGUGCCUCACGCCCAUCCCGAGUUGGUGGUCCUGGACCAGGACCAGGUCUUCAACCUGUCCCAGCACCAGCAUCACCCCACGUACCAGCAGCAUGACGCCCCGGUCACGCCCGCCAGCCUCUCCAGCGGGGCAGAAGAACCAGCGGUCCAACAGCACUCACUAAGCAAGCCAGCAGCUGCCUUGGUCUUAGAGGGUCCAGAGUUUUCCCUUGAUGUCCCCCCGCCGUCUCUAAUGACCCAGGCCCUGGGGAGCCUCGGACCCCUGGAUCACCUGGAGGUCCUUCAGGAACCUUCCCUUCAGCCUGAGGAUCAGAAUCCGUCGUAUCUGUCCGACUACAAGACGGACCUGGGCUCUCCCCCGCUGACGUCCUCUGGGCUGUCGACCUUCUCGGGCCAGCUGGCAGAACAUGUGGAGCAGGUGAUGGAGGACCGACCCACCCCUGCAAUGCGACGGCUCAGGUUCGAGAACCAGCAGCUCCGGGACCGGGCGGCGAUCCAGACCCCCUACACCCACACGUCCUUCACCACGCUGGGGGAGGCCGUGGGCCGCCUGCUCCCCUACCACGCCUGCGCCGGCCCCCUACCCCCCCGGGACCACUUCCACCUGGUGGACCAGGAGUUUGACUCUGUGUCCGGGUUUCUUCUGAAGCGAACCAAAGACAUGGUCAACAAAUACCGACAGCUGCUGGUGGCGGAGGCACAGCAGGACAGUCCCUCGGCAGAGAUGGUGAUGCUGGAGCGGCUCUUCCUGCAGGCCGAGCGCUUCGCUCUGGGGGAGGACCGGCGACGUGCUCGCAGAGACCCAGAGUCCUUCAUGGCAGCCCUGACCGGUCCAGCCUCCGCGCCGGGCGGCCCCUCCGGCCCCCUCCCCAGACAGUCCCCCCCGCCCACCUGGCCCCGCCUGUCGGACCGCCCCCCCGGUCUGAAGACCUACCGCUCCAGCUCCAGGGGGGGCCUCCGGCUCACCAUCAAGCACGAGUCCGGGUCCCGCAAGGUGGUCCGCCACUCCGCCUGCGACCCGGCGCGCAAACGGAACCACGCCGGCCUGCUGACCAAUGGCGGCGCUGACUCUAUGAGGGGGCGGGACAAGGAGGCACCAGGAGAGGCCCCGCCUCCACGGCCUCUGAACGGCAAGGGGAUAUCCAACGGAGCUCCGCCCCUUAAAGCCCCCGGGCCGCCCCCGCCCGUCAGUAAGGCCCCUGAACCCCGGGCCCCCCCCGAGGUGAAGCCCGCGGGUCCGAUCGCCGUCAAAGAGCCGCGGCCCGUCUCGCCGCCUCGUGAUGUCAACCCAUGCGUGAAACGCUAUAGGCCGGAGGUGCCUCUGUGGGCGGAGCUAAGGGCCAGCCCUGCGGCCUCGCCGCGCCAGGAGGACAACGUGUUGACUGAACAUCUCCAGAGCGCCAUCGACAGCAUCCUGGAGCUCCAGCGUCUCCAGGGGCCCAGCGGGGCCCAGUCCAGGGCACCGCUGGGCCACUCCCUGGACCAGGCCCUCACCGGCAUCCUGGAUGGGAAACCAGUGAGGUAG